ACAUGGCUCAAUAAGAAUAUCCAUCGACAAACACCCUAUCAGGAUGAGGAGAUCUCUUCGGAAAGGUCCAAGUGUCUGAGGAGAUAUUAUCCUAAUGCCGAUGAACGGAGGACAGUUAACUUGGAAUAUGCUAGAUUCUCGACCGUUCUUGACACUUUUAGUGAUCCAGAUGCUCUUGCUGAUAGAGGAUUGAUGGAUCCAAAACUAUGGUGGGUGCUCUAUGGAUCCUCAACUCCAAAUCUGUAAGCAUUGGCCUUAAAGUUCUGGGCCAACCCUGCUCAUUCUCUUGCUGCGAAAGGAAUUGGAGUACAUACUCAUUCAUUCACUCUUUGAAGAGGAACAAGAUGACACCGAUAAGAGCAGAAGAUCUUGUGUAUGUGCAUAGCAAUCUUCGUUUGCUUUCUCGGUCAUCCCAAGAAUAUCAAGGAGAAUCGAAGCUGUGGGAUAUUGGUGGAGAUGCAUUCGACUCAUUUCAGGGUGCUGGAAUUCUUGAUGUCGCCAUCUUGUCUCUUGAUGAACCCACCAUGGAGGCCGUAUUAUUUGCUGAUGAUGAAGAAGUCAUCGGACUAGUUUCCACUUCAUCUUGAGGCCAUCCGAGCUCUAUUUAUCUCUUUCCCAAUCCGGAAGGGUGAUUCCAUGCACACGAAAGUUGAGCUGAAUUCUGCGGUCUACAAGUAACUAUUACCGGCACUGAUUGCAACAUGGAUCCGAUAUCAGAGAACAGUAACAAGAUAAAAGGAAAUGGGCAAUGCACUCGCCUUCCAAGGAAGCGCUUCUACAGAGCAAGAGCUCACAGCAAUCCCCUAAGCGACUCUCACUUCCCAAUUCCAAUCAGCCCCUCAGAUGUCGACUAUUCUCAACAUUUUCCUCACUUUUUCCCAAGUGGAGGAGAAGAUGAGAACAAGAACAGUGAACUACUUCCCAAGAUCAGGUUUGCUGAUAUCGGCUGUGGUUUUGGGGGUUUACUCAUCAGUCUCUCAACUCUUUUCCCAGAUACACUAAUGAUCGGAAUGGAGUUAAGGGACAAGGUAACAGAGUAUGUCAAGGAGAGGAUAUUGGCCUUAAGAGCUACUAACCCAGGCCAAUAUGAAAACAUCUCAGUUGUCCGUACGAAUUCUAUGAAAUACCUACCUAAUUACUUUGGCAAAGCGCAGCUUUCGAAAAUGUUCUUUCUGUUUCCCGAUCCCCAUUUCAAGGAGAAGAAUCAUAGGCGUAGGGUUAUCAGCAUACAGCUGCUCGAUGAGUAUGCAUAUGCUCUGGAAGUUGGUGGGAUUAUUUACACAAUAACUGAUGUUGAAGAGCUCGGUGUUUGGAUGAGAUCUUGCAUGGAGGAUCAUCCCUUGUUUACAGCAGUGCCAGAAGAAGAACUGGAUUUGGAUCCAGUUGUGAAGCUCCUGACUUCUGCUACUGAAGAAGGGCAAAAAGUUGCGAGAAAUGGAGGGCAGACUUUUAAAGCUGUUUACAGGCGCAUAGCAUUGGAGGACUGAUCUACUUCCACCUUUUUGAAUUGAUCUUGUUUUAGCUGUAACUUUGUAGGUUGCUUGGAAUAUCUUACUUUUUUUUAAUAUAUUGUUACCAUUGUUAAAAUUGGUAUUGUCCUAGGACAUUAAGGUCCUUGUUUUACCUAAUAGGGACAGAUUGAGUUACUCUCU